UUCCUAAACACAACUGAUGGAGAACAGGACAGAAGUAACACACUUCUUCCUCCUUGGACUAACCAAUGCCCCAGAGCUGCAGGUCCCCCUCUUUAUCAUGUUCACCCUCAUCUACCACAUCACUCUGAUUGGGAACCUGGGGAUGAUCAUGUUGAUUCUCUUGGACUCUCGUCUGCACACUCCCAUGUACUUUUUCCUCAGUAACUUGUCUCUGGUGGACUUUGUUUACUCCUCGGCUGUCACUCCCAAAGUCAUGGCUGGGUUACUUAUAGGCAAUAAGGCCAUCUCCUACAAUGCAUGUGCUGCUCAGAUGUUCUUUUUUGUAGCCUUUGCCACUGUGGAAAAUUACCUCUUGGCAUCCAUGGCCUAUGACCGCUGUGCAGCAGUGUGUAAACCCCUGCAUUACACCACUACCAUGACGACAAGUGUGUGUGCACGUCUGGUCAUAGGCUCCUAUGUCUGUGGGUUCCUGAAUGCUUCUCUCCAUGUUGGGGACAUAUUCAGCCUUUUCUUUUGUAAGUCUAAUAUGGUUCAUCACUUUUUCUGUGAUGUUCCAGCUGUCAUGGCUCUCUCUUGCUCAGAUACACAAACGAGUGAGGUGUUUCUUGUUUUUCUGUCAAGCUUCAAUGUCUUCUUUGCUCUCCUGGUUAUCUUGAUUUCCUACCUAUUCAUAUUGGUCACUGUCUUAAAGAUGCACUCAACUCAAGGGCACCAGAAGGCUUUGUCCACUUGUGCAUCUCACCUCACUACAGUUUCCAUAUUCUAUGGAACAGUCAUCUUUAUGUACUUACAGCCCAGCUCCAAUCAUUCUAUGGACACAGACAAGACAGCUUCUGUGUUCUAUUCUAUGGUCAUCCCCAUGCUGAACCCAGUGGUCUACAGCCUGAGGAACAAGGAGGUCAAGAGUGCAUUCAAGAAGGUGGUUCAGAAGGCACAUUUUUCUAGAGGGUUGAGAUUUUGA